AUGACUGCAUACGCCAAGCUCUCACACACGCAGCCCUCUUGCAUCGACUCUGCACCUGUGCUUCGCACUAGCCCAAGUCUAACCAACGAGCCACCUAUCUCUACGCGCGCAGCGCAGAUGAUCUCUUCGAGGCGCAUCAACAAGGUGCUGCAGCUCGCGACUGCCGAAGCGGCUCGUAGUGGGCUCAGGCGUAGACACGGGGCUGUCAUACUCAAGGGAGGAAAGGUGCUGUCUAGCGGUCACAACCUUACCCGACCGCGUUUCUCCGGAGAUGCUCCAACAAACACUUCCAACUCGCUUAGCGAGCUUGGCAAGUCGCAAACUGCAAUGGCGUUCAGCAUGCAUGCUGAAAUGAGUGCUAUUUCGAACGCUUUGGGCGGCGCUAGGCCGCCUACUGUCAAGGUGAGUUGCGGAGGUCCACCUGCGGAGUAGAUUGAGCGGCCCAUGAAGAGCCAUUCAAGACGACAAAUCGAACAGCUGCAACUCUGAUUGUCUCUAUACUGACCAAUUCAACGUGCUCGAUCGCCCAGCUCGGCAGCGUGCCGCUGACCUUGCGUUUGCAGCACACCUACGCCGUGCUUGCCGACACUGACAGCACCUCCGCACGCCGUCCCACCCCAUUCCCUCAAGAGGAUGCGGAGCUGCUCAAGCUCAAGUCUUUGGCGAGAAAGGAGCAAAUGAAGUGUCAGAAGUCUUUCGGGUCCGGCAGCUCCGCAUCGAGCGAUGCAGAAGCUGCCGAUGCUCAGCAAGACAUCCGCAACACUUCGCUGAAUCCGAAGCAUAAGCCGAAGCCAAAGCUGAAGCCAAAGUCGGAAGUGGAUCGGCAAGAACAUACAAGGCCGUCCGAGGCAACACAAGCUGUCGAUGCAGUCCAGCCGCUUUCUUGCACCGCCGUGGACCCGCAGGAUAGGUGGGGAUUUAAACCGCGCUCUAUCCCGAUUGAGGAAGAGAAAGGGAAACUCAAAUGGAAAGGCAAACCAAAAUCGAAACCAAAACCACGAGCUCUACGAGCGAAAGCUUGCGGGCUGCAGCGUCAGCUUGAGAGAGACAAUCGAGAUGCAAGAUUGUUGUGCUGGCGCUGCAGCACAUGAACCCAGCCAGUCGCCUGGUCCCACUCUGAGGCACUCAGCUAGCCCUGCCGCCCAGAUCCCAAACGUUGCCUCUGUGACUGGCUCGGCACCCAGCGCAAGGCUGCGAGGAGCAGACAUUUACGUCGUGCGCUUGCAAGAGUCGCCCUUUUCGAGGGCAGAGCUCAGAAGAAAGCGACGCGAGCGCGAGCAAAGAAGACGAGUCGGUGCAUGCUCAGAUGCGGCAGAAAACGUGAACACGAGGUUCGUCGGCUCUGAACACAUCAACGAGGAGCAACCAGCUUGCGUCGAUUCCGACUACGCCGACUCGAGACCCUGCUGGAGGUGAGCAAAAGCUUGGAGAGAGCUGUACGUGGCUGGAAUGGGCACUCGGCUGACGUCACGCGGAUACAGGUGCAUACAAUGGUGUCGAUGGGCGGGCAUCAAACGAGCAUUUUGGACAACGAAGGAUGGCCGGUGAGUAGCAUGCCUGGUGGACAAAGAGUGUCAUGCGAUGUUUACUGAGUACGCCUUGCUGGAUCAGAUGGGAGGGCGCAAAGAUUUCGGACCUCGUUGCCGGGUCCAGCAGCUUGCACAUUACAAGAGCCGAGAUGCAGUCCCAUCUUUGGCUUUGA